AUGUCGAAUCUUGAGCCGCAAGCAUCACCCCCUUCUUCAACAGCCCGCAAAGUCCGCAGGAGGAAUGUUACAUCCCGUGAUCGCCUCGGAUGCGUCACUUGUCUACCAAUUCAGUGUACCAAGGCAAACCGGACCUGUGGGGGCUAUGCAAGAGGCAUCUCCUUCCGUGACCAGACCAUGAUGGUCAUUGAAAGAGUCCAGAAACCUGAGUCAAGACGAGUACGCAAAGGCUCAGCGUCAGGAUCUUUUACGAGAUCACCAAUACCGCAAGAGUCACCAACAAGUCCCUGUCAAUCAAUUGAACCACUGGCGGGUCUGGGCAUUGUCGAAAACUUACCUCAACCUGAUCUGGUGCCUGUACCAACCUUGACCAUCGACACGCCUGUGGGCGAAGAGUUUCUGUUCGAGAACUGGGACUUGCUGGGGACUCCAUGGCCACAAGACACAGAGAAUCAACUGUGCAUCAUGCCACAGCUACCAUCAUCACCGCCACAAGCAUUUCAAGUCGAUUUUGGAGACAUUGGGGCUCUCGGGCCCAACAAUGCAUGUGCACUGGUACAAUCUUCGCUACUACAGACUUCAAUCCCCGAUUCAUUAUCCCUCGGCCCAACCCUUCCGUAUGACUGCUUUCUUUUCUCUCAAGAUUCCGAGUAUUGUCAGCGCUUGUUCGACAACCAAAUCCGCGGACUAUCGGCAAUAUUGCCACUUAAAGAUAUCUUCAACGGAGACUACUCGGCUGCUCCCCACGUUUGGAGCGCUGUACUUGCCGUCUCAGCCCUGACUUUGUCGAUUGAGACAUCCCCGGGACUGAUCACCCCAGCAAUGGCAACACAGAAGAAACACGCUCUCCGUCAUUACGCCAACUCGCUCAGGUCCUUGAGGAUCAAGCAUCCACAGAACACACCAGAAGCGUUUAGCAGUCUUCCCCUGCAAGAGCUGCUCGACUGGUUCCUAUGUCGAUUAUUACUAGCCAACUUUGAACUUGGUCGAGGCAACCUGACACUAUGGAGGGCACAUUUGCGCGCCACAAGCCGGGUUUUUAGCGCUUGGCACAAACGGAUCAGAGAAGUCCCUCGAGGCCGGAUCCUCGCCCAAGUCUUUGCCAGAAUGGCCCUGCUCGUCGAGUUGCAGAAUGAGGAGUUAGCUGUGACGGGGAUAAAAGAUAUGAAUCCUGGUGUCGCACAUGAGCUUUCAACGAUGAUCCAGGGUUCAAUGUCAGCUCGUGAUCGACUUCUGGGCUUCAUUAGAGAAGUUGGUCAACUUGAACUGAAGUUUCGUUGCACACCAUCAAUGUUUGCCAAGUGGACGGGCAAGCUGGAGACACUAGAUGCCAGGCUGACUGAGUGGCAACGGUGCCUCUCACCGCUGGAAAUGCCUGUCGACACAGGCAUUGACAACCCAGUCUCGUUCCCUGCACAAGCCGGAGAUCCCGAUCCGCUUCAGGUUCAUCCGUUGACAUUUCCUACUGCUAUCGAUUCUACCGCCGCCGCCGUGAAUUACGCCCACUUUAUCUGCACACGUAUGCGAGCUCGUACCCGAUACCUAGAGAAUGGCACCAAGAUACCCCCUUCCAAUGCAGACUCUAUGGCACUGUACAUCUGUCGAAUCGCUGCCGGUCUCUCUCCCAAUAGUUGUGCCAUCACGGAGGCUUUUGGUCAUGGAAUGAUGCCAGCUGUUGUGGGUGCAUAUUGGUGGACUACUGAUCCCCAACUUCGCCGGUGGAUCGUCAACUGGCUACAGGGUUAUAAUAAGAACGGCCAACGCGAGGGUAUCUGGAAUGUUCGACAUGCCAGAAAGCUCAUGAUGUUUCUGGAUGGUGAAAUUCUUCAGCGGAGGACUCGUGCUGAGCACUGGAACGUUAUCGCGGCGCGAGUCAAGGAGCAGGAGGAGCCAUUUCAAACAGGCCAGAACGAUAUCUUAGAGGCCGAACUCGAGGUGAGCAGUGAAGAUGAGGACCAGGGGGAAGGUGACAUGGAAUUCAGGGUAGUUGUUCACUCCCAGUCUGAGAGUGGCUGGGCGACAAACUACUACACCAUUAUGUGA